AUGGAUAUGAUCAUAAGCCCGAUACUAGGAUGGAUUCCUACAUAUAUAAUCGAUCCUAUCAGAUCUAGGUUUCGGGUCUUACGAAAUCUUAGGGAGAACAUUGGAGAAUUAGAAAAGACAGCAGCGAAGCUGGAUGCGAGGAAAAAGGACGAACGAGCAAAACUAGAAGAAGCAAAGAAGCAAGAAGGGGUCGAAGCAUCAGCACAGGCAAAACUCUUGUUCACUCAAGUCGAUGAAGAUGUAUCCGGCGCCAGCAACCUAAAAACUGAGUACGAGCAAAGAAGAGGAUCAUUUUCAAACUGCUUCAGUUGUUGCUCAGGCUAUCAGCUGAGCAAAAGAGCGUUGAAGCAGAAGCAAGAUGUUGAAAAGUUGUACGAAGAGGAACCAAAUUCUGGUUGGACUGCCUCUUCUACUUCGCAGAAAGGGAAGGAGCUGGACACCGUUUGUAUCGAGGGCCAAAUAACAAGACAGAAAUUGAAGGAUGAAAUCAUCGAUGCAGUACAGGACGAUAGGUAUGUUGUUGUUGGGUUGCACGCCACACCAAAUUUCGUAGAAAUACGAAAACAAAUUGCCAAAGGUUUUGGCUCCAAAUGCGAAGAUGACAAAUACUUGAAAGAAGAAUUGUAUCGCCUUUCAAGAACAAGGAGGUAUAUGUUGAUUUUAGAUGACAUGUGGGAUCCUGUAGAUCUUGGUGACAUCUGCAUUGCUGCACCAAAGAAGGAAAACGGCUGCAAAAUAUUAAUUGCAUCUCGAUCAUUAUCAGUGGUUACAAGGUUUGCGAUUCGUUUUGAAGCAAAACGAUCUCUUCAAUCAAUUCCAGUGGACAAAUUGCAAUCAGAUGAAGCUUGGAAUCUUUUUGUCGAAAAAGUCGGUGAGGAAAUUACUUCUAGACCUGAAAUAAAGCCCCUAGCUAAGAAGGUUCUUAGAAAGUGUGAUGGAUUGCCGCUGGUCAUUAUUGUUAUUGGUGCCACGAUGUCAACACGGGAAACAAAUGGAGAAUGGGAAGAUGGAUUACGUGAAUUGGAGCAAGAUUCAAAUCUUGAAGGCAUAGAAGAAGAGGAUUGGAACAUUCAAAAUGACUCAUUAUAUGAAUGUGCCAUUGGCGAGGAAAUUUUGUGUGAUGAAAUGCCUAAGCUCGGAGAUGUGAGAAACAAAGUUGAUGUUUUGGUUAAAAAGCUCAAAAAUUCAUCAAUGCUCGAAGACAGUGAUAGAUCCAGUCGAGUGCACGAUGUGAUGCGUGCAUUUGGUAUGUGGAUCACAUCUCUAACUACCACAUCGGAUAAGUUCCAGUGCUCCCAUAAGUACAUUGUAAAGGCCAGGGCUAGAAUAACUGAGGCACCCGAUGCCUCAAAAUGGGACAAACCAACUAAGAUUUCAUUGAUGUGGAAUGAGAUGGAAUCUUUACCUCAUUUGCCACACUUAGGUCCACAACUACACACAUUGCUCCUUUCACGCACUCGUAUUAAGGACAUUCCCCAAGAGCACUUCCUGGAGCAGAUGCAUACUCGAUUUGAGCGUGGGACUUUAAAGCUCAAGAGGUUAGCAGGUCGGGUAUUAUCUGGAUUGCAUAAGCUAGAGGAGUUGUAUGGUGGUGGUGGAGGCGGCUCGAUCCUCCACCAGGAUUCAACAUUGUACAUAGAGGACGGUAGUGUAAUGGAAGCAGUGUCCCAAUUAUUGACUUCUCCUCGUCUAACUUGUAUUGAUACGAAGAAUUGUCCGGUCGAAAUAGAAAACGUGAAGAAUGUUUCCGGCCAUUGGUUGAAGCCAUUAUUGGUUAAAUUCAUGACUAAAAGUUUACACCUACGGAAAUGUGGUAUCAAUUCAUCAGCUUUGCCGGACCUUCUUCUUCUUCUUCUACAAGAAUUUCCAAGUUUCGUUAAGUUCACAUCAUGUGAGGGUUUGACACGUGUUCCAACCCGUGGCAUUGAAUCCCUAUCCGUACGUGGUUGUCCAGAUCUCAAAACUUUACUGAUGGUAGAGGAGGAUGAGGAAAGGGAUAAUAAUAAUAAUAUUACUACUGCCUUUGAAAGCUUAAGAAAGUUGGAAGUUUAUGGAUUAGAUGGAUUGGAGAGAAUAUGUAGUAGUGGGGUUCCACAGCAGGCAGCAGCUGGAUGCUUUACAAAACUGGAAAUCGUAGAAAUAAUGGGAUGCCCCAAUCUGAAGGUGCUUUUCACUAAUAUUGGUGUAACACGGCUGCUAAAACGGUUGUGGAGGUUACAUGUGUAUCGAUGUGCUCAAUUGGUGAACCUUGUUCAAGUAUCUGAAGAAGAAGAAGAAGAAGAAGAUUUGGAAUCCAUCCUCAUCAAUAAUGCAUUUCCACGUUUGGAAUAUAUCGAGCUAUGUGAGCUACCGGAAUUGAGAGGCAUAUGCAGCAGUCAAAAUGUAGUGGAUUUGAUGAAGUGGCCAUCUCUCUCAUCUACAAAAAGAACAGGAUCAAUACAUGUUUAUGAUUGUCCUAAGUUGAGAAAGCCCCCGUUUGGAGCCCUACGUCCAGAUAUAUUAUUACAUGGUGAAAUCGACAGCCUGAUGACAAAAGUCUAUCUUGACUACAAAAAGAGAAAGUUUGUGAUCCCAAUUGAGCCUCUUUUUCAUGUACAAGAUGCAGUUGAACUUCAAUGA